AAGAAAGGAAUCACAAGAGGGAAGAAAUGGCAGCAAUCACAAGCGCAGUGAUCGCCAUAGCGGCCGUGAUCUUGGGCUGGAUCACGAUCGAGAUCGCCUGCAAGCCCUGCCUCGAAAAAGGCCGAGAGGCUAUCGACCAAGCCCUCGAUCCCAAUUACGAUCCCGAUCCUCUCUCGUCGCCCCCCAACAGCAGCAGCAGCAUCACCGCCCCCUCCGCCGCUUCCUCCGCCGCUUCCUCCGCCGCCAAAACCGUCGACUGAUCUCGACCCCGAUCGGCGUCGAAAGUCAGUGGAUGUUUCUUUUGUGUGAGUCUGUUUGUUUCUCUAUCUUGCUGUUACUUUUCUGAUUUUUAAUGAGCAUGCGGGAGUUUUAUUAAUGUAUGAUCGAUUUGCUGGGUAUAAAAGCCAAUGAGAGAAAUGGAAGCGUGCUGUUUUCAUGUUUCUUAAUUUUGAACAUUAAGCCAGCUAUAUGAAUAUACUACUUGGCCUUAGAA